AUGUUGUACAAGUGGACAUCUGUGUGUAUUAUCCUCUAUCUCUGUUCACGAGCUAUAGCAGACCAGCCCUGGUGUCACAAUGGCUGUGAGAACAGCCCCUCUUUCUGGCCCUCCCUUCCCAACUCUCAGUGUGGGGGGGUCAGACAGUCGCCGAUCAACAUUGAUACUAACCAGCUGACCUUUGACCCCAGUCUCCGCAACCUCACCUUCAGUGACAUCACUAAUCCACACAGCAUCAAGUUCCUCACCAACAAUGGACACACAGUGAGCUGUGUGUUAGAGGGCCUGAUGGAGGUGAGAGGAGGGGGGCUCCCUCAUGGUUACACGGCCGUCAUGAUGCAUUUCCACUGGGGAGGCGACUCACUGUGCCACCCAGGCUCUGAGCACACAGUGGAUUCAGUCAGAUACCCCAUGGAGAUCCACCUUGUGACACUGAAGGAAGGCUGGACAAUGGAGCAGGCUAAGACUGACCCGGAGAGGAUAGCAGUGUUUGGAUUCUUCAUCGAUGUGACAGGUGACCAACGGCAUGUGGAAUCCUGGAGGACUUUGACAUCAUAUCUGCUGAAUAUAACAGAGAAGGGUUCAUCAGUUGACAUAGUGCAGCCACUAUCCAUCAGUGAUCUGCUAGGAAGUGUGGACCUCACCAAGUUCUACCGCUACCAGGGUUCUCUGACCACCCCCACCUGCGAUGAAGUGGUGGUAUGGACCGUGUUCGAAGAGCCAAUCAAGUUACGGAGAGAUCUAGUGGAGCAGUUUCCUAAAACCCUGAAGUACAGAAACAUCUACCGGCCAGUGCAGCGCCUCAACGGGCGCCCCGUCUACGCUUCCCCCGGGGUGUCAGUGUCCCCACUGGGCCGCGUUAGCAGCGGCCAGACUUCCAGCAGAGGGGCUCUCUCACCCGGCCUAUUACUACUGCUACUACUGGGCUGGGGGUGAGGCUGGAAGCCCAGGGGAGGGGAGGUAUGCAGAAAUAAGGGGUGGAGGGAAAGCAGGAGGAAAAAAGAAGAGGGUGGGGAAAAUAAGUGUUUGAUACUCAAGGGAAGUCAAUUUCAGCCGAUUUCUGUCAAUAAUAAAUGUGCUGUAUGUUCCCUCAGGA